GCUUAACCGUCGCCGGAAUCCCGAAAUUGUCCAGAACAAUCUAUAGAUAUAUGUGUGUAAGUGUGUGUGAUUAGACCAAAGUAUUACAGAUUUUUAAAAUUCAUUUCGUUAUAUGUUAUUCAGAGUGAAAACUUCAAAACUAGUCAAAUCUGAUUUAUUUCAUUCUUAUUAAAUGACUCUUUAAUUCUUUACACUCUUUUUUGGUCAAAUCUUUUUCUAAUUUUCUAUAUAUAAAAGGAUUAAUUACUUUCAAAGGGGUUACCCAAACAAGACAGAUAUAUUAGAUAUUAAGGAAAGAUAAUCUUUAAAACAUUAUAAGUUCAUGAACAAAAUAUCAGAAUCAGUAAAUCACUAACCAAGAUUCCAACGUCGUAAUAAGCGUUUCGUUUUUAAAGUUACACUAAUUCUACAAAAGAUAAUAGAUAGUUCUUUUUGGAAAAAAACAGUGACAAUGGCAUGUUUCAGAUUCUUCUCUGCAGUCACAACUUUGGUUUUGCUUCAUCUCUCAUCAAUCGCUUUUGCUUCUUCCCAUGGCUCAAAACAGCUCGGCUACCAAUGCUCAUCCGACGAAGAGUGCAGCGUUGGACUUGGUUGUUUUAAAUGCGGCAUCGAUGCUGCAAGAUGCGUAAGAUCAAACAUCACAGAUCAAUUCUCCCUUGUGAACAAUUCCAUGCCGUUUAACAAAUAUGCAUUUUUGACGACCCACAAUUCAUAUGCCAUCGAAGGAAAACCGCUUCAUGUGGCGACCCAAGAAGAUAGUAUAACCGAACAACUCAAUAGUGGUGUUCGAGCAUUGAUGUUGGAUACGUACGACUACGAAGGAGACGUAUGGUUGUGCCAUUCGUUUAACGAGCAAUGCUUUGAAUUCACUAAGUUUAAUCGGGCAAUAGACACGCUCGCGGAGGUAUUCGCCUUCUUGACAGCAAAUCCAUCAGAGAUCGUGACAAUAUUUCUCGAGGAUUACGUCAAAUCGCCAAACGCCUUAACCAAAGUUUUUACCGACUCUGGUUUGAAGAAAUUCUGGUUUCCGGUUGAAGACAUGCCUAAGGGUGGCCAAGAUUGGCCAUUGGUUAAGGAUAUGGUUGCAAAUAACCACCGGCUAGUCGUCUUCACUUCAGAUAAAUCCAAGCAAGAAACCGAAGGAAUAGCUUACCAGUGGAACUACGUACUUGAAAACCAAUAUGGGGACGAUGGAGUUAAGCCUUCGGAAUGUAGCAAUAGGGGAGAAUCUGCACAGCUAACCGAUAAAACCAAAGCUUUGGUUUUGGUAAAUCAUUUCAGCACAGUUCCGGUUAAGCUCUUGAGUUGUGAGGAGAACUCUCAACAUCUUAUCGAUACGAUUAAGACAUGUUACGUAGCCGCUGGGGACCGAUGGGCGAAUUUUGUCGCUGUCGAUUUUUACAAGAGGAGUAAUGGAGGAGGAACAUUUCAAGCAGUGGAUAAACUAAAUGGAGGGCUUCUAUGUGGACGUGACGAUGUUCAUGAUUGCCAUCAUUAAUUAACAAGCAUGGCCUUUUACAAAAAUGUUAUGAAUCUUAAAGCUUUCUCAUUGGUCUUUUUUUUUCUAUGGAUUUUUAUUCAUAUCAUAUCUUGUAGAAUGCUUGUACUCGAUCAUUUAGUCCAUUGUUAAGUUACAAAAAAAAACAUUUAGUCCAUUGUUAUAAGAGAAAUUGCACCCAAUAACUCAACAAAAAACAAAAAUUAAUAAACUAACCAAAAUCAUCUUUUCUUUAUUCUUUUCUAUUCCUAUCUCUCUCUAGCCUCUCUCUAAAAAACUAAUUUUGAUUUUUGUUUUGGUUAUUUCACAAAUAACCCCUUGUUAUAAUUUAUGCAGUUAUGAAUAUGAGCAUCUAUGACCCGCUGUAAAAUGAAGUAGAUUAUGCAGUUGUGAACAAAAAAAAAGACAUGAGACCAUCUCUAUCCCUACUCUAUAAUUUACUUUAUAAAUAUAGUAAUUUUUUAUUUUUUGUCCAUACUCUAUUUUUUAAGUAAAUUAUGGAGUGGAAAUGAAGAUGCCCUCACUACAUAUAUAGAGUAAUGUAUUUUUUGUUCCUUCACAACUGCAUAAUUCACUCCAUUUUACAGUAAAUUUUGCAAUGAGGUUGAAGAUGGUCUGAAAUAUCCAUACAAUAUUUUCUCACUAUUUUCAUCUGACAAAAAAACUCCAAUCAUUUCCUUAAUUAUCAUUAGUUCUAUUACUAUCUUACUGCAAAUUGUUUGUAAAACAUUCACAAAAUUUCAUCUUAGCUUCUGUUUCAAGAAAAUAUGUUAAAUUGUUAAUUUUGUGUUGUCAACCUGUUAAUUUGUUAAUGAAGAAAAUCACUAAGAAAAAUAGAAAA